ACCACUUACAUCACUUUAUUAUGCGUGGUUAUUAUAAAAACGAAACAUGAUUUGUAUUAACUACGAGUCGCGAUUGGCUGGUCGUACUGGUCAUGAUGAUGAGAUCGCAAAAACGAGGAAAAGCAGUGACGUUUUGCGCACUCUCUCAUUAAACUUCGGAUCGUCUGACAAGUUGGUUUACUCGCGACAACUCGUCGGUGGCAAAGUAGUGUCACGCAAACUGUUCACCUGUUCGAUUCUCUCUUCUAUCAAAGCUACGCUGAUUCGACACUACGCCCAACGCGGUAUCUGCAAAAUCAGCAACAGUUAUAUCGUCAACGCCACAAAAGGUCUUCCAAGAACCAUGCCGUGCCCAUUCUUGACCCGUUUAUCUACGAAUUAUGUUCGCAACCAUGGAUCAUCUCUAAUAAUGAACUAUCGGCAACAUUGUCCAGUAAUGUCAAGAUUAUUCAGUACGAUGACAGAAUCGGAAGUGUCUCAGUCAAUUCCGGAGCCUGUGCAAAAUCAAUGUCCCUUCUUGUCGAAGGAACGAGAUGCCGUUAAGGAAGCUAGCUCAGCAGUGGAGGAAGAUGUCAUCAGUCUAGAUACUGCGCUGCGCACAGGAAAAGAGAAAAAGGAAGGAAGUGAGCAAAAGGAGGAACUACAUUUCCCCUACGAGGAAUUUUUCCACGAGCAAAUUAUGCGGAAGAAGAAAGAUCAUUCAUACAGAGUGUUUAAGAAAGUAAACCGUCUGGCUGAAAAUUUUCCAGCGGCUAUGGAGUAUUCAUGGGGCGAGAAGCCCAUCACUGUAUGGUGCUCCAACGAUUACCUUGGAAUGUCGCGUCAUCCUGAGGUGACCAAAGCGGUCCGCGAGGCUUUGGAUAAAUUUGGCGCCGGAGCUGGAGGCACGAGAAACAUCUCGGGUAAUUCUAUGGGUCACGAAAUGUUGGAGAAACGAUUGGCGGUGCUGCAUCAGAAAGAUGCUGGUUUGCUCUUCACUUCCUGCUUCGUUGCCAAUGAUUCCACUUUAUUCACACUAGCCAAAAUCCUACCGGGUUGUCAUGUAUUUUCCGAUGCUGGGAAUCACGCCUCCAUGAUACAGGGCAUAAGAAACAGCAGCGUGCCAAAGCAUAUAUUCCGGCACAAUGACGUGGAGCAUUUAGAGGAGCUUCUGUCGAAAGUGGACAGAAGUGUGCCAAAGAUUGUGGCAUUUGAGACGGUGCAUUCCAUGACCGGUGAUAUUUGUCCUUUGGAAGAUCUAUGCGACGUUGCGCAUAAAUACGGCGCGAUAACAUUUGUCGACGAGGUCCACGCCGUCGGUUUGUAUGGGUACUCUGGCGCUGGUAUUGGCGAGAGGGAGUACGUUCUCCACAAGAUGGACAUUAUUUCUGGUACCUUGGGAAAGGCCUUUGGCAACGUAGGCGGUUACAUCGUCGGUUCUGCGCAACUGAUAGACAUGAUAAGAAGUUAUGCUGCUGGUUUUAUUUUUACCACUUCGCUGCCACCCACUGUGCUAUACGGAGCCUUGACAUCCGUCAACAUUUUGGCAUCGGACGAAGGCAGGUCACUGAGGGCGAAUCACCAGAAAAACGUGGCCUAUAUGAAAUCUAUUCUUACUGCCGCCGGUCUUCCGUUGGAACCAUCGCCUUCUCAUAUCAUUCCGAUAAAGAUAGGAGAUCCACUGUUAUGCAGUCAGAUUGCGGACCAUUUAUUAAAAGACAAAGGGCACUAUGUACAAGCUAUAAAUUAUCCUACAGUUCCGAAGGGCAAAGAGAAAUUGAGAUUGGCACCGACACCGAAACACACUCAAACUAUGAUGGAUAAGUUCAUGCAAGACAUAUUGGAGGUUUUCCACCAUUUAAAUGUACCAAAAGUGGAGAAUAAACAAGAGGAAGCGCCGCAUGUUAUCUUAGUUCAUUGACAAAUGUACAUAAUAUUAAAAUACAAAUGAUCAUUGUCGUACAAACAGAAUUUAUCUGUAUUGUAUACAAAUAUUUAUUUAUACAAUUG